AGUACAUCACGUGGAAAUUAAAAUCAUGUGACGAGGAAAAGCUAACAACAGAAAAUGGCUGCAACGGGUGAGAAAGCUGCUGAUAUGGACAGCAUCUCCAGGGUGGUAAUGGCCCAUCCGACUGCGUUAAAUCUGACAGGAACCACCGUCCCUCACGGCGAGAGCUUGGAAGAUGCAGUGGAACCUCUUGCACCAGCGCUCAAGAAGCCAAGCACGAACAGUGAUGGUGGAGUGGAGACGGCAGAGGAGGCUGUGGAGCCUGCAGAACCCGACAUUAAUGAGCUUUGCACUGACAUGUUUGACAAGAUGGCAAUAUUUCUACAAGGAGAACUCACAGCAACAUGUGAGGAUUACCGGCUGCUGGAGAACAUGAACAAGCUGACCAGUCUCAAGUACAUGGAGAUGAAGGACAUCAGCAUCAACAUAAGCCGUAACCUGCAAGACCUCAACAACAAAUAUGCCAGCCUUCAACCUUACCUGGAUCAAAUAAAUCAAAUUGAAGAACAGGUAUCAUCUCUGGAACAGGCUGCUUACAAACUAGAUGCAUACUCCAAGAAGCUUGAGGCAAAAUUCAAGAAACUGGAGAAGCGAUGAGAAGACAUGCUGUCUCUCUUCUCCCCCUCCCCUUACCAGUCCAGCACGGCACUACAAGACAGAAACAACAUCCAGGCAAGCUCAAUUUCACACCUAAAUAAAACGCUUGAGAAACGGACAGUUGGCACUGCUUGAAUCCUAAUGAGCUUCAGCCGGAACGGACGAGAAGAUUAUGGCCAACUCUUUAGAUCCAUGGUAAAGUAUGGCAUACAUUUUAUAAAAGAAAGUAAUUUGCCCCUACUCCUUGUUGAAAAAAGGUGUGCCCCAUCUGGAAAAUGAUCUACAUGGCAGCGUAUUCAGUGUGAUAGAUUUCCCUUACAGUAUUAAAGCCUCAGGUAGGGUUGAUCCAAAAGGCUUUAAGGCAUUGUUAUGUACUUGGACUAAUACUGAUAGAGAACACUUACACAUGGUAUUGCGUAACUGUGUUGAAGGCAGCUGAAGCCAACUCGUUAGAAUGCAGUAUGCUUUGGAAGAGGAGUUUAUUUAGAAUAGAGAAAUUGGAUAAUAUGUAAUGUGUACAUAAGUCGGAGAUGAAAAGUAUUUUUUUUUUUUUUGACCAAUGGAUUGUUAUGCCCUUUCCGUACGGCAAUCAGCAGGUGUCAGUGCUGCACCAUGUUCAAUGUUGCCUCUCAAUACUGGCUUCUACUUUAGUCUUCAUGGCGCAAGUGGUUAACAUAACUAGUUUGUUUGACACGUUUACUCUUACUGGUUAAAAUGUUCUUGGUUGUUCAAAAUGAGACAGCUACUUGGACAUUGAGUUGUCAGUUGACAUUUCCCAACAGUUUUUUAUUGCUUUUCUUUUAUUAUAGUAACUAUUACUAUUUUUUGUUAACCUAUUAUAACAAUUGCUAUUCUGUUACUAUGAUAAAUAAACAGGCUCUUGCACAAUACUAUGUAACCAGUCUGAUAUCACAAUAAGGUUGCAGUUUUGUUCCAAUCCCAAUCACACAACCACUCGAUUCAUGCUGCAGUUGACCCAGGUUUGUUGACAACAGUCGCCAUGAAUCAACAAUGGAGCCUACUCCACCAUCACUAUAAUCCAUAGGUGGGUCAGAGUGUUCGUGGCGCUUGAGCUCCUGAUACCUUCCUCAUCGGGAUAAUUUACAUAUUCGGUUUCUCUGUUAUUCAUUGUGAAACGUAAGUUAAGGCUGAGAGAAUGAAAAAGUAAUUAUGGGUUGAGUAUUUGCCGGAGACGAGGAGCAGGUCACUAAUCUAGAAUCUAUGCGAGUUCUUUUUCACUAUCAAAGGUUUCGCUCUCCGUCAUUCACAACUUUUGCUGUAAACCUACACACCUAUAAUAAUAGCUGUGGGCAGCAGCAUAUAACCUAAAGUAAUUGAGCUCCCCUGUGUUGUUGUGAUCCCAUGUGAGUGUAAGAGGGGAGAGAGGGGCCUAAUCUAAAACAGGUUGUUUUCAUUAUUUUUGCUAAGGCCCCAACACAGAGGGAACUCAUUAUUCAUACUGUUAUAUUGUUUGCAGCAGAGCAGAAACCCCUCCAUCUCCCUCUCUUUCCCCAGGCCCCAGGGCAGUAAUAUGCUCCUGUGUUUUACCGUCUCUGUAUUUUAUCAGAUCUACUUUUGUUUUCGUCUUAAAAUGGGAUAUUUUUUACCGGAGGUUUGUUACUGUAUGUUAUAGAAAAAAUAAGAUUUGUAGGUGUAUCUUAGAUACAAAAUUAUGUUAUCAGAUUGAUAACAUGCCUGGCACAAUAUCCUUCUAAGGUUAUCGUUCAGUGCAUAUGUUAAGAUAUAACAGGUAGGUAUGCACCAGAUCGUUGUUAGGAUACCGGGCAUAAAGUACAUAAACCAGAGGUUAAACAGGGAUUCUGGGUUAAUUCCCACCACCGCCCAGCUUUCCAUACCUCAAUUGCUCCGAUAGGGUGCAUUAUAGCAAGUCAGUUAGCCAACCGGGAAGCAUGCCUCAGUAAAAUACCCCCAAACUCUAAUAGGGAUGGUAGGUUAUGGAAACACCAAUGCACACCAAUAUGUGCAGAUCUAUGUUUUUAUUGGGUAACUUGUCAUCUUAAUCACCAGGACGUUCCUUUUCAGCAAGUUUCUACUUGGAAUCAACACAUUCCUAAUUAAGAAAAGUGUUCCCAUGUUUGAGUUUGGUUGGUGUGUUUAUUUGUUGCUAGGGUAGACCAGACAUCUUUUAAACACUGGGGUUGUCAAGGGGCUUCAUGGGUUUUGGUUUUAAAUUGUAGGUCAAUAAAAGUUGUGUACACUG